ACCUCGUUUUAUGUUAUAACCGCAUCAAACACAAACAACCUUCGUUUCUCUUUGAAAGCUAGCUCUGGUCCGCUGUUUGUUUUCUGCCGUUCCGCGCCGCCGAAGCUCACCGUCCUUCAAAAGACUUCAUCUUUGCAAAGCAGAUAGGCAUUGUUCUUGUAAAAGAUGAGUUUAAUAUCACAGAAUGUUCCUUCGGCUUUUAAAGCCAACAAGACUAAAAGGGAUGAUGUUGAUGAGCCUUCAUUUCUGCAAGGGAAUGAUGACAAUGGAAAUGGAAAUCAAUCUAACUUAGAUAUUAUGAAAACGAAGAAGCGAAAGAAAGCACACAAGGAGGAGGAUGAGAAAGUGGCUAUUGAGCAAGAGAAGGAAAUGAAGAAGCUGGAAAACUUUUUGUUUGGAGCCAUUUAUUCCCCACUUGAGUUUGGAAAGGAGGAUGAGGAAGAAGUUGGAGAUGCAGUGGAUAAAGGUUCUUUGUUCUUUGUGGACCGUUCGGCCAGUAGUGUGCUCUCGGUGCAUGAAGAGGAUGGAGAGUUAUCGGAAGAGGAAACUAGGCAAAGGAAACCUGUCUGGGUGGAUGAGGAAGAGGAAAAGACCAAUAUAAAUAUUGCUAAAGUUAACAGAUUAAGGAAGCUGAGGAAGGAGGAGGAUGAGAGUUUGAUUUCUGGUUCAGAUUAUGUCUCAAGAUUGAGGGCUCAACAUGCUAAGCUGAACCCUGGGACAGAAUGGGCUCAGCUUGAUCCACAGUUGAGGAACAGUAGAUAUUCUGAUGAUGAAUCAUCAGAUGAUGAAAAUGGGGUAGCAGUGGCCCGUGGCUACAAGGGUGUAGAUGCUGUUGAUGAUCUCCUUCGAACAAAUGAGGAUCUUGUUGUGAAGAGCAGUGCAAAAUUGUUGCCUGGACUUCUUGAAUAUUCAGUACUUGUACAUGCAAAUGCAGAGGAACCUUCUAAAGGACCAAUAAAUUCAGUGCAGUUUCAUAGAAAUGGGCAGUUGCUUCUUACUGCUGGAUUGGAUCGGAGGCUUAGGUUUUUUCAGAUUGAUGGCAAGCGCAAUACUAAAAUAGAGAGCAUCUUUCUUGAUGACUGUCCUGUUCGGAAGGCGUCCUUUUUGCCUGAUGGCUCUCAGGUUAUUAUAGCUGGAAGGAGGAACUUCUUUUACAGCUUUGACUUGGUGAAGGCAAAAGUUGAUAAAAUAGGUCCCUUGGUUGGUCGAGAGGAGAAAAGCUUGGAAGUUUUUGAGGUUUCCCCUGAUUCUAGUACAAUUGCCUUUGUGGGAAAUGAAGGUUAUAUCUUGUUGGUUUCGUCUAAAACAAAAGAAUUGAUUGGGACAUUAAAGAUGAAUGGAACCGUUCGUUCUUUAGCUUUUGCCGAUGAUGGGAAGCAAUUGUUGAGCUCUGGUGGAGAUGGACAGGUUUACCACUGGGAUCUCAGAACAGGGGCUUGCCUCCAUAAGGCUGUUGAUGAAGGUUGUAUAAAUGGUACAUCUCUUUGUACAUCUCCAAAUGGAGCAUUGUUUGCUGCUGGUUCAGACAGUGGGAUUGUCAAUAUUUACAACAAUGAGGAGUUUUUGGGUGGCAAGAGAAAACCAAUCAAGACCAUCGAGAAUCUUACGACAAAAGUAGAUUUUCUGAAGUUCAACAGCGAUGCUCAAAUAUUGGCUAUUUGUUCGAGCAUGAAGAAGAACAGCUUAAAGUUGAUACAUGUUCCAUCAUUUACUGUUUUCUCAAACUGGCCUCCGCAGAAGAAGGCCCUUCACUAUCCCCGCUGCUUGGAUUUUAGCCCUGGUGGAGGUUUCAUGGCUGUAGGAAAUGCUGCUGGAAAAGUGUUAUUGUACAAGUUGCACCAUUACCAUCAUGCAUAGAACGAAUGUUUGAGAGGACAAAUAUCUGAUCAGUGUGUUCUUAUCUUCUUCAUUUCAUAUCAGAAGAGUUUCAAUCGUAUUUUCUGCUGUUUUGAAAGAUGGUUUGUAAGUGCUAUGAUGGCUUAUCGCUGCAGAAAAAUUCUGCAGUUUUUGACUUUUUUUCAGAGUUGUUGAAAGAAUGUAUGACAGUAUGUUUUAAGUGGAAAAUAUUAGUGUCAUUUCUGUCC